GUCACAGUCUUUGUGUGACUCCUUCCCCCACCGUCGUCAUACGCAUUGGAGUCUUCUCUUAUGUUGGUUAUUGUUGUUUUUUUUGCCUUCUCUCAGUGUGGGAGUUUUUUACAUUUCUCCAUUCAUCCUGUACCUCCGCAACAGCACUGAACUCACAUAUCCUGGAACAAUAACCAAACCCGAAGUGUACAGAAAAUUUUGACCUGUCUUUCAUCAGAUAUAUCUUCAGCUACUACAACCUUUUUCUUUAGUUUAUCUAAAUAAAGAUCUCGAGUGAUUGCAUCAUUUAUUUGUGUAAAAAUGAGUCGGAAAGACAAAAAUGGCUGGCAGCCAAGCAACUCAGAUGAGAUUGGUAGCCAAGAGACAAAUGUAUAUUUACAGAACUUCAGUUUCUUGGAGGAAGACAAUCCUGCAUUUUUGCCAGAUGAAAGCUUUUCGAAUGGUUUGCACACCCCUGAACAAAUUUCCAGCUGUGAGUUUAAGCCAGAGGUGGUUGGCACAAAUCGUAUUUCAAUUGUGAGUGUUGAAAAGGAUUAUGCUGCUGAGAGGUCCCUUAUUUAUUCCAGGCAUGAGAAAGUUCCAAUGAAAGACUUUUCUAAGGAAAUCCGUGGUGCGAGGGACAUUGAAAGAUUCACAAACAGAGCCAUUUUGCUGUUAAACAUGAAUGUGACAAGUGUUGACAAAAUUAUCGAAGAAAUUCUCAGAGCUAUGGUUCACAUCAACGAUAUUCCUGCCCUUAAGUCUCUCCUCUUCACACAUGAUGGCGUGCAUCAAUUGCGGAAGACAGUGCAGAGCUCUUGUAUAGCAAUGGGUGGUGGCUUUGAUUAUGACCAAAGUUGGAUAUGUUCCAUGUGUUGCAGUCCAAUAGUAACCAAGACUAUGGUUGGCAUUGCUCAUCUCCGUCAGCCAGCCAACUUUGGUACAACUGCUCAAGAAAUAUCCUUUGUGAUUAUUAUUAUUACUCCUACAAAAGAGAAAGGUACAAAAAGUGAGUUUGAAAUCGGAAGAACAUUUAGCACUUUAUUUGCUUGCCCUGACCUUCGUCAAGAAUUAUCACUAUGUUCCAAUUCAGCACAGUUUAAUAAUGUACUUAGGAAAUAUGGCAAUAUUUUAGCUGAACAGCAUCGGAAGACCCAAAUGCAUCCUGAGACUGAACAGAAAGAAGAGUGCAAAUGUGGAUUUAUGCGAGGUUUACGUAAAGAUUUGAAGCGAAGACUUCCCCAUUACAUUUCUGAUUACAAAGAUGGUGUCAUUGGUCCCAGGUCAGUCCAGAAGACUCUGUCCACAACCUUGUUUCUUUACUUUGCCAUACUUCUACCAUCAAUAGCAUUUGGUGUUUUGAAUGAUGGUAAUACCAAAGGAACACUAAAUGUCGAGAAAGUGAUCUACUCCCAAAUAUUUGGAGGAUUAGUGUUUGCGUUGUUUGGCGGAACACCACAGAUCGUUCUACUCACCACUGCCCCUUUGGCUCUUUACACCAAAAUUAUCUACAGUAUUUGUGAAGACUUUGAUAUUGACUUCCCUGCCAUGUUUGGUUGUGUGGGGCUCUGGAAUACAUUCUUCCUCUUCAUCUAUUCAUUCUUUGAUCUGAGUAUCCUGAUGCAAUGGUCUACCAGGUCUUCAGAAGAAAUCUUUGCAUUAUUCAUCGCAAUAGCUUUUACUGUUGACAGUUUUAAAAGUUGUGCCCAGAAUUUUGACAGCUUCUACAACAUACAGUGUCCUGAUAGUAAUAUAAGCAGUAAUUUGACGAAUGGCUUGGAAACCUGUGCUCCGGAAAAAAGUGUCCUCUAUUUAUUUCUACUACUUGCAACGCUUUGGGUAGGAGUAUCCUUGUUUAACUUCAAAAAUACCCCCUACCUAACGUCUGCCAAGAGGGAGAUGUUUUCUGACUAUGCUUUACCUGCGUCUGUCAUUAUUAUGUCUUUUGUCGGUGCCUACCUGUUUAGGGACAUCAAACUUGGUGAGAGCUUCGACCCUGACACAAUGGAUACAAGUAUAAAUUUGGUGCCAUUUUCCAAACUGAAUGCUGGGGCAGUAUUUGGUGGAAUGGGGCUUGGAUUCUGUUUGUCUCUUCUCUUCUUCAUGGAUCAAAACAUAUCAGCAGCACUCGUUAAUGCACCUCAAAACAAAAUGAAAAAAGGCACAGCCUACCACUGGGAUCUGUUUGUGGUUGGUGUUAUCAAUGGUGUUCUCUCCUUAUUUGCCUUCCCCUGGUUGCAUGCUGCUCUACCACACUCCCCACUACAUGUCCUGGCCCUGGCAGACGUAGAAGAAAGAGUAGAUCAGGGUCAUGUCUAUCAAACGAUUGUGAAUGUACGUGAAACCCGGUUGACAGCUAUAUUUUCUCACAUCCUAAUUGGACUCUCUCUACUGAUACUGAAUUACCUGGCUUACAUACCCAACCCCGUGCUUUAUGGACUCUUCCUCUUUGUAGCUGUGACGUCCCUCUAUGAUAACCAACUGUUCGAGCGAUUCUGUCUUCUAUUUACUGAACAGUCUGCCUAUCCACCAAACCAUUACAUUCGACAAGUUCCGCAAAGGAAGAUGCAUUUAUUCACAGGGCUGCAAGUGCUCCAAUUAGUCAUUCUCUGUGUAUUUGGUUUUGUACCAUAUCCUUAUUUAAAGAUGUUUUUCCCGGUUUUAAUAUUUGGACUCAUACCUGUCAGACAUAAAAUUAUUCCUUACAUAAUAAACGACAAUUUUUUGAAAGCAAUGGAUGGUAAUUAAAGGAUGAUAGCUUUCACUUCACACUUUGAUGAACAACAUUCAGUAACUGACCAGGAGCCCAAAUUCACAUGAAUAAAGUACAUUGCAGCCAUUUAUAAGCGUGUGUCUCUGUCUGCCAUUCUCAGAGAAAGUUUUUUAUUUUAUUUUAUAAUUUUUAAUCAUUUUAAUCUUUUUUUUUUUAAUUUUACAUUUUGAAAAUAAAUCUAAUCUUCAUUGUAGGAUUAUUUCUUAUUGCUUCAGUCAUUGGAAUGUGGCCAUGCUGGGGCACAGCCUUGAAGUGUUUAUUCAAACAAAUCAACCACAGUAGAUAUUUUUUAAAGCUGGUACUUAUUCUGUUGGUGUCUUUUGCCAAACUGCUAAGUUACAAGGAUGUAAGCAAAUCAACACCAGUUGUCAUGUGCUAUGUAUGCAUUUAUAUAUAUACAUAUAUAUAUAUAUAUAGAAAAAAGCAAGCAAGAGAGAGAGAGAAGAAACAUACUUCUUCAUCCACAUUCAAACAAGCUUUCUAAUCUGUCACUGGGCUGAUAGUGGCAGUGUGUGUAUAUAUAUAUAUAUAUAUAUAUACACACACAUAUAUAUAUAUAUAUAUAUAUAUAUAUAUACACACACACAAAAUAAGAAUGAACAAGAGCAGUGUGUGUGUGUGUGUGUGUGUAUAUAUAUAUAUAUAUAUAUAUAUAUAUACAUAUAUAUAUAUACACACACACAAAAUAAGAAUGAACAAGAGCAGUUUUAUACAUGCAAAGCAUUUUAUUGAUUACACAUGCAUUAUGUUAUAGGAAACACUUACCACCUUCUCAGGCAACAGAACUACUAAAGUAACAAAAAUGUCACAUGUUCUUUCAAUAAAUUCCUCUCAUUUAGAAAAUGUCUGACAUAAGCAGCAACUAACUUUUUGUUAAAUAUAAGAUAUUACUCAUGUUACAUCUCUGUAUAUUUGCAUUCAUGAAAUUCCAUUAACUGAUGUCACGUUCACAUGAUUCCAUGGGUUUCCCACCUCAGCUUGUGUCAGUUAUGUGGCAGUCCCUCUCAUGCACAUCUGACACUAUGUCACACAUCAUGCGGAAGUCUUUAUGCCAUCCCUCUUUUAGCUUGUCAGCCUAUAGAAGUCCAUUUUGUCUCAAUGCGACAGCCAGUUCAACUUGAGUCACCAGGACCACGUGCUGCCUGCUUCUUGCUCACCAUCCUUUGUGUCAUGAUGUGGAAGCUCCGCCCCCUUACUGUGUCUCAAUGUGGAAGCUAUCUUUCCAAGUGACAGCCUUCUUUAUACCCAUCUGAUCCAGUGUUGUUUACUCAGCAAACUGGAAUAGUUUCUUUACAAGUUACAAAGCUAUAAGAUAACAUAGACAGGAUAUAUGUAUUCAUAACCGAUAAGAUAAAAUAUUGGUAAGAUACACAAAGAUAUAGACAUAAUAAAUAACAUAUUUAUCCAAACAGGGAGAUGAGAUAUAACGAACAAUAACAUAGAUGAUAGAGACAAGUAUAACAGAACAUAUACAAUAUAGCAGGACAAGAUAACAAAUCAUAACAUACAAGCCAUAAGAUAACAUAUUUAAGUGCUGCUUUGGUGUGUGAUCUACAGUUUAAAGGGAAAUGCCAAACUUGUGUAAUCUACACGCUUAUUUUAGGUCUCUUAUUUACUAAGACACAAAUGAAACGUGGUUUUAUUAUUAUUAAAAUAGUAAGAAUUUUUGAAAAAAUACACUUACAAUGCUAAGUACAGAUUAAAAAAAUUUGAAUAAUUAACGAUGAAUUGAGUGAACAUCUGCUAGAAAUGUAAGAACAUCUUAAGGGUUUUUAAGAAUUGAAAAGUAACCCAAAUUAGUCGCCCUUUAAGUUGAUCGCACGCCAAAGCAGCACCCAUAUUUAUAUGGUACAGAAAAACUUAUGGUAUGAUGACAAUUUCCAGAUUUUAUAAUAUUCCAGACAAUUUCUUUCCAUUUUGUUUUUUUUUUCUAAAUAAAAUUGUAAAUAAACAGAAUUUGAAACAUUUUA